UCGAAGUUACAGAAAUAAAAAUCGGUUUUUGGCAUUUUCGCAUCGAUUCUGUUUGUUUACGAGGAAAAUGCAGAAUAGCCAUCGAAAAGCGCCGCAAAAUGUAACGCAUCCGGCGAGAACCUAGCUGUUGACCCAAUAUGAUUCCCUGGAUGCGCGAGAAGUUCAACGAGAAACGAGCCAAGUGGCUGGCGCGCAGCAAGCGGAGCGGUGCCUCUCCAGCGGAUGAGAGUCCCCGGAGCAGUAGCCACAGCCACAGUCACAGCCAGCGGACGGAUGCCAGCGAUGCGGAGAGCCUCAGCGGAUCCUCGUUGAAUGUCCACACGGCGGAGUCGGAGACGCAAACGGAUGGCGGGAUAACCGGCCCCCAUUCCCGGCCUCUCGUGGGAGGAGGAAGCUGUGUCCUGAGGACUCCAUCGCCCGCUCGCCGGCGACGAAUGCACCUAGAGCUGCAGCUGCAACGGCGAGAGGAGCGGACAGAACAGCAGGCGGAGCCCCAGGACUCGCCCACGCCCACUCAACAGCAGCAGGCCAAUGCUUUGUUCCUCAGAAAAUCAGGCCAUUCUAACCGACCAAACAACACCACUUCGUCUGGCGAGGCAGAGGAUGCCACCAAGCCAGGCGAGUCCAUUAUGGUGCGGGUCAUCUGCCCCAGUUCCCGCGUCCUGGUCUUUAAAACGGACGUCAACAAGCGCCUCAACGAGCUGAAGAGCGAGGUGAUCCUGGAGCUAAGCGACGAUCCCGAAUCCAUCCAGCUGUUUGCCCCUGACGUGCGGCAUUUGAACCCGCGUUACCGUCUCUACCGAGCGGAAUACUUUGGCGGCGAGCUGAACGAGACGGACACGCUGGCCCAGCUGAAGGUGCGCAACAAUGAGACUUUUAUACUCUCUCCACGUCGCAACACUCUGCCGCAGACCGUAUCUCGGAUUCGCGAGGUGCCCGGUCCCAAUGAGCAACUGGUGGAGAGCGCCACGCGAUACUUACCCAUGAACUGCAGCCAGCUGCCCACCAUCGACAUCAAUGAGAUUUUCCAGCAGUCGAACAUACAAUACGAUGUGCGCAAGGUGCUGAUAUCGCUGGCUCAGGCUUCGGCAGCGGUUAUAGGAGCUGGUCCCUAUGCUCCGCGUCUGAUAGCCAUGUUGAAGCAGCGUUUGAUUAACCGCCGUAAUCAGCAGGCGGAUACGCUGCAGUGCCUCGUGGACAUGGGCUUCAAACGGGAGUUGGCCGCGUUUGCCUUGAAGGCCAACAACGGCAUUUACUCAACGACGAUGGAAUGGCUGAUACAGAAUCAAAACGAGGAAAACCCGCAGGAACCGCCGGCCAUGAACAUGCAGCACAGCCUUUCUUCCAUCUCGCCAUCCACGAUUGUCACAAAUAAUGAAACUAUUGAAAACACCGCCGCCUUGAUUGAGAUUGUACGAAUCUACAGUCACCGGGACUCGCCGCCCAGCGAUGAGAUUGUGGAGUCGCUCACCGAAAUGGGAUUCGAGGAGACGGCCGUGCUGGCGGCGCUGAAAAAGACGGGCAACAACAAGGCCUCUGCCUGCGAAUGGCUGUGCGACAAUCGCUCGGGCAGUGUUAUUGAGCUGCGCGAAGGAUUGGCACCCGACUCGCCCAUCCUGAAGGUGAUUCUGGAAAUGCCACAGGUCCAGAUGACUCUCAGCAAUCCCAAGACCUUUUUGGCCUUUCUGGGCAUACUGGAGAACGAGCAUGCGAUACGCGUGUGGCGUGGCGAUAACGACACAACCUCGGUCAUCACACAUAUCCUGCAAAAGUACCAUGAGGAGAAGCAUGUGCUGGGCAUCAACCAGUUCUACACGAACCGCUGGUGAACGGUGCCGCUAAGUGGCUUAAUUAUGAGAUUAACCAAAUUAUAUUUAUACAUAUACAUACACAAUCACUCACCCGAAGUGCAUGGCUGCAGCUUGGUCCAUUUUGGGACCCCCAUUAUACAUUGUGUAUGUGCCCGUA